UACAGAAAGAUACGCUUUUAAUAGUUUACCUUAUCUUCUAUGUACCUAGUUAUUUAUAUAAUUUGGACUUUUUAGUAUUCGACUUGUUUUCGAGAUGGAUCAAUUGGAUUCAUUUCGAGAUGACAAUUGGGACCUAAUCGAUAUUAACAGUUUCUUAGAUGAACCUCCUUUUGAUUUCUACUGGAACGAUCAUACGCUGAACCAGAGGAAUGUCACAGAACUUGAAACAGAAUGCUCUAGGAAGAGGGCUCGUAGCAAUCCGUGCAGCAAACAGGGGAGUAAAGCUUGCCGAGAGAGACUAAGAAGAGAAAAAUUGAAUGACAGGUUCUCGGAGCUAUGCUCCGUGUUGGAACCUGGGAGACCUGUGAAAACAGACAAAAUUGCCAUACUUGACGACGCCAUUCGAAUGCUAAACCAACUGAAGACUGAAUCCGACGAAUACCAAGAGAUGAACCAAAAGCUUUUGGAAGAGAUCAGAACUCUAAAGGCAGAGAAGAUUGAACUUGGGGAAGAGAAACUCUCGUUGAAGGCAGACAAGGGGAGGAUAGAGCAGCAUUUGAAAGCUUUAAUUGAUUUCCCACCGAGUUUUAUCCCAACCCAUAUAACAGGAUAUCAGAUGGCGCAAAAUAAAAUGGCAGUUUUCCCUAGUUAUGGCUUUGUGCCUAUGUGGCAGUAUCUACCUCCAGCUUCCCAGGAUACAUCUCAAGAUCAUGAAUUCAUGCCUCCUGUUGCUUAAUCUUUGGCAUUUUCCAUUUCAUUCUUUAAAUAUGGCUAACUUGCUAAUCUUAUUUCACCUUCUUA